AUGCCUCCCAAAGGGAAGCCUGUCAAGCGUGCUAUCAUGUCGGACCCUUCUGCUACUGCUGCGACUGCUGCUGCAGCUGCUGUUGUUGCGUUGAAGACUACCGCUGCAGGGCCUUCUGUGCGUCCUCUGUUGGCCACGGCAGUUCCUUCGAAGUCGUCUAAGACGCUGUUCGCGGAGGAAGAUUCCGAGUCUCUGACACUUUCGGCCAGGCUAGCGGCUUCCCGGGUUGAGCAGGCUGCUGUUAAGAAGGGUGACAAAGGAAAGGGGAAGGACGUGGAUUUCAAAGAUGCAGUCUCGGAUGCGGAGGAGGAAUCGGCUGCAGAUGACGAGUAUGAGGAUCUGUCCAACGAUGCUCGCUGUGUCAAUUACCUGGACGAUGAAGAUGACGGUCUUGUGGCUCAUGAACCGAAGGAGUGUUUUGAAGACAAGGCAAAGGAGGAUCUGGCGGCGAAGCUUCGGUUCCCGCUUACCCUGCUGAUUCUGGCUGAUCAUCUUUUGGAAGUGCGCCGUAUGCAGUCGACGAUUAAGGAACUGCUGGGGAUCUGGGAGAAUGAAAUUACGGAGAGCGCGGUAUAUCGGACGCUGAACCCGGGCGGUCGUGAGUUCACCUUUUACGCGAAGGCAACGAAGUCCAGCUCGAGAAUCGACUGGGUACUGGUGUCGGCGGAGCUGCUGCCCUCGGUUGUUGAGGCGUGUCACACCCGCUCACUGGGUGGAAUCUCGGACCACAAGUGUGGUGUUAAGGUGGUGUUGCAGGCGAACCUGAGGCUGCACAUGGGACCGGGCAUUCGGAGGAUGCCAUCAGCGGACACGACUAAGCCAGGAGUGGAAAGAGUGAUUGAAGCGAUCACGGAGAGGCAUCAGGCGGGAAACUCGGGAAGUUUCGGCUACCUUCUUACCAAGCUCAGAGCGGCGCUUAGGCGUUAUGCGACGGAAGAGCGGAAACGGGUGCGGGCGACGCUGCGCCAUCUGGAGCUGGCAGUCUCAGGGCUACAACAGGAGUUGAUGAGGAACCCGCACCGGGACGACCUCCGGACGGUCUUUUCAGAGAAGGAGUCGCAGCUGGCGGCGUACCUGAAAGGGGAGAACGACAGACUACAUCUGCUAGCAGGGGUGAAAGGGGAGAUUGCAUCAAAAGUCCUCCCGGCGAAAGUGAAAUCGAAGAAGUCGCGGACAAUGAUCACCGCUUUGUCGUCGCAAGGGGUGGAGCAGAGAGGGACAAAGGGUAUCUUGGAAGCUGCUUCUCAGUUUUACGCGUCACUCUUCGCAAAGAGGCCCCCGUCGGGACCGCCUUGCUGGAAACCGGAUCUGCUGAAGACACUCCGGGACGAGGAGAGAGCAAGUCUGGAAGCAGUAUGGUCGGAGGAGGAGGUGAAGGAGGCACUGAAAAACAUGGCAUGUGACAAGUCUUCGGGCAGCGAUGGGCUGCCGAAGGAGCUUUUCGAGCGCCAUUGGGACUUUCUGGGUGAGGAUUUCAUGGGUUUCAUUAAGCAGUUUGAAUCAUCAGCAGUCAUACCGAAGGAAGUGCAGGAGGCGGUGACAAUCCUCCUGCAUAAGAGGGUCCAAGGGAUCAAGUUCAUCCGCUGGUGCGAAGGUCUGCACGGGGGCUCCUUUACUUGGCUCUUGGUCAACGGCUGGCUGUGCGAUCGUGUCGAUGUGUGUAAGGGAGUCCGGCAAGGGUGCCCGCUGGCCCCCUACCUCUUCCUAUGCGCGGUGGAGCUGCUCUGCCAGGAAGCAAAAAAGAGGAGGUUAGGCAUUUGUGAUGACCAUGGCGACAGACUAGCUUACCUGGGGUAUGCGGAUGGCACGACGCUUGUGCUGAACGGGAAGCGGCAAGUUGGUUGUGCGGUGAAACUUCUGGAGGAUUUCGGUGCCCAAUCUGGCCUCAAUGUUAACAAGGAGAAGUCGGCUCUGCUCCCGCUUGGGAAGAACCUGUCAGAAGAGGAGGGCGAGGUGUCAGGUUUCACGCAAGUUGAAGCAGUUAAAGCGGAAAGACUUUUGGGGAUCUGGGUCUCCCCAUCAGGCAGUGCGGAAGUCAGCUGGGAUAAGACGCUGGCCAGAGCGGCUGAGGAGCUGGUGAAAUGGCAGUCGAGGCACCUGACCACAACGGCAAGGGUGGCGGUGGUCAAUACGUAUGUCUGCCCAAUCUUGGCGUUCCAAGGGCAAGUCUACCCCACGUCAGAGAAAGUGUGGAAGGGGAUCAUGAAGCUGCUUGUAAACUUUAUUUCUGGGAACAAGGCUUCGGAGGAGAGGCACUUCACGCUUUGGAGCAGGGAACUGAUUUUCAGACCGAGGAAGGAUGGCUGGCUGGAGGUUCGUGAUCCGUUCGUGUAA